CCCGGCCUGCUCCUGUAACAGAGUUCUAGUGGAAUAUUUUAUCUCCUCAGUGACUGGAAUGUGGCUGAAGAGAUAAAGCUAAAUAACAGCUCAUGUUAGAAGACAGCAGUGUUUAAUACUUUAAUGAGUGAGAGUUCAACAAUGUUGCGACAGGUGGUACAGGUUCAGCCACAGAGCACGGUUCAAGAGGAAGGGCAAUGGAGCACUGGUCUGUGUGAGUGCUACAAAGACAUGGGCGACUGCUGUUUUGCCCUGUGCUGCCUCCCAGUCUUUACCUGUAAAGUGACCAGUGCAGUGGGAGCAUGCCCCUGCCUACCUCUGCUGGACUGUAUAGGCUGUGUACCGCCAGCCUCUCUUGCCAUGAGGGCUUCUGUCAGGCAGCGAUAUGGCAUAAAGGGGAGUGUGUGGAGCGACUGCCUGUAUGGAUGCUGCUGCUAUCCGCUAUCUUGGCUCCAGAUCUCCAGAGAGCUGAAAAGAAGAGCAGCAUCCCACGCCUCUUCUUCUUCUUCAGCCAGAUACACCCAUCUAACAUCCCUGCAGGGGGCGCACUUGGUCUAGACACGUCCAGAACUGACUUUCUCCCCGCAGUGUGUCCUCCAGGGUACAGGAGUUGAUUUAAUCACAUUUCCUCUGCUCUGGAGCCACUCCCGGUUACCUCAGAGAAUUCAGCAGGGACACAAUGCGUCCCGCGGAGAGGAAAGUUCAGUUUGUCCCAAGAUGAAGUGAAAGAGCUGUGAUAAAAAGGCAUUUCAAUAUUAGAGCAGGGAGCUUUGUGUUCCUUUGAGUAACUACUUAGAUUGUGAGAUUAUAUUCUUUCGCUGGUGGAAACUAAUAGAGCUCAACUCUACAAACUAUUUCUUUUCAGUAACCUUAGAAGAUAUAGUUUCCCUUAUGAUGAUAAGUGUAUGCAAGAAAAUCUUCUUCUCUUCUAAUGGUAAGGUAGACUUGGGGUUCACAGUACUUCUGUGCACAUAGCGAGUACUAUUUAUGCACAUUGCUGGGUUAAUGGAACAUUUUUUAGUGAAGUGAAACUUGUUAUUGUUCUAUCCUUUAAUACACACAAGACACUACAACAUACUGAUCAUGUAAGCAUUAUAAAUAUAUAUAUGGAUAUGUAAAAACUGGACAUUGUUAUCAUAAUGUCACCAUUUGGUUUUAUGACUCAAUUGAGGUGAGAAGUUCACAAUGUGCAUCUUUGUUUCUUUAAACCUUUUUAAGUGACUGACACUUGUGAUCACAAGGUAGCCACACGCUACAGCACGUUUUACUUUAUUAGUUAUUCUACUGUAAAUCGGGACAUAAUUUACAGUGAACACCAUGCUGCAAUGUUAUGUCAAAAUGUACAAUGACAUGAAUUUCACCACUUGAGAAAAUGCCUUUAUAAAAUGUUAUUAUGGGUUUGCAAAGCGAAGAGAGCUUUUAUCUACAGUCCUAAUUUAAUGCUAUUUUGACACCAUCUUCAUAUUAAAUGCUCACCUUCUAGAAGAAUGAAGGAAACACAAACACAGCUGAUUUGACUGAUUUAGCACACUGAUUUAAACUACACAUUAAAUUAUACAACACUGUUUUCCAGGAUGUUAUUUAUGAGCAAAAAUGCAUCUGUUUUGGUUAAUAAUGAUUAUAUGGUAAUGCUGUUUAUACUGAAUGUACAUAUCAAAUUAGGAUUUUGAGAUUAAAGCAUUCAUCCAUCCAUAUUUGUGUCUGCUUAUCCAGUUCAGUUCGGUUUAGUGAGUGGGCUGUUGGGGAAGAAUUGAAGAAUGUCAAAUAUUUCCAUUUUGCUUCUGUAAACUCUUUGAUUAUUCACUGUAAAUAUUCUCUGUUUCACCGCUAAUAUUCCAUUUCCUGUGCAUAUCUAUUUAGCUGAUCUCUGUGUUGCUGCUAAAUAUUUUGUGUUGGAUUGUUUCUGUGACUCGUAAUAAAUACUAAAUGUUGCAAAUCGA